UCUUUUUCUUCUUGCUGCACAGGCUGUCACUUACUUCUGAAUAAAGACAGCCGUAGUUAUAAAAGGAAAGACAUGGCUUCGUCCAACUAUUCCUUGAAGGUCAACAGAGAGCUGUUGGACCCCAACUUCGAGAGUUACCGAUUAUCUCUGGACGCCAUACCGACGUAUAACGUAGAGCUGGAUGCUGCUGUGGAGGAAGUUAAGCUGAAGGAUACUCAGUACACCCUGGAACACAUGCGAGCAUUUGGCAUGUACAAUUACCUGCACUUAGAUCCUUGGUAUGAAGACAGCGUAUUGUUUGUGGACUGCAAAGGGCGAGUUCUCAGCCUCGCCGUCACUCUGGACACCGCCCUGGGGAAGCCGAGAGAGGUUUACCGCAUAACCGCCGACUCCAGCGAGUGUGAGGAUCGUCUUUGUGCCUCCCUCAGCCUCACCUCAGCGACCUGGGCAGCGCUCUCUGACGGCACUGGCAGACUUUACCUCCUCCGCACCGGCAAGAGAGGAGACAGCUCCCAUACGAAGUGGGAACCUCUGUUCACUGAAGAUAUGGAAGGGCCUUUCACCAUCCUGCACAGCAUCUCGCAUGUCCAGGCUGGAGUCCACAACAUGGAGGUGCUGCUGCUCCGCAUCGAGAAAGACCCAGAGGAAACCAAAGGAAGUGGAUACUCUGUGUCUCUCCAGUGGAUCACAGUCGCCAACACCACAGGACAAGGCCAGGAGAAGAAGUAUGAGGUGAAGAAGAGGAGGGUCCUGAGGGGGAAGUCUGUGCCUCAUUACGCAGCGGUGGAGCCACAGGGGAAAGGGCUGAUGGUGGCCUCAGAGAAACCGUUUGUCUUCACGCAUGUAGAUGGCCGACCUGUUGAACGUCCUAACCCAGAACCCAUGGAGGUGGAGAAGACAGAUCCUAUUUACUUCUGGCAGCAGACAGCGGAGGACAUCACGGUAUGUGUCCGCAUGCCUGAGGGUAUCACCAAAGAAGAAGUGCAGUUCAGGCUUACGCCAGACAAUGUGAGCAUUGGAGUCCAAGGUUUCCCUCCUUUACUGAAAGGGCAACUGUAUGCAUCUGUAGACCCAGAGGCCAGCGCCUGGAUCAUCAAAAAUGAUAAAAGCCUGGAGGUGACCCUGCAGAAGCGCAGUGAGGGACCCAUGUGGUCGGAGCUGGUGAUGGGAGACAGCAGAGGGGAGUACGUGAUGAGCGACGAGCAGGCCGCCCUCAUACACGAGAGACUGACCCACCUCACAUCUGAAGACAUGAACGGUAACCCUGACAGGGACAAGCCCCCUUGUAACUCUCAGGAGCUGGAGGACUGUGAUGGGUUCCCAGAAGAUAGCUCCAGCCUCACACACUUUGAUGGAGAAUCGCUCGAGCCCACUCAGGUGGUGAAUCUAGGCAGCCAUCAGUACCUGUUCACAGUAGAUGUGAACCCAGCUGAGAUGCCUUGCCUCUGCCUCAGACAUGACGUUGACGCUCUGUUGUGGCAGCCGCGUCCCGACCAACCCAGCAACAUGUGGGAGCACAUCGCCACUUUCAACGCCCUGGGCUACGUCCAGGCAUCCAAACGGGAUAAAAAGUUUGCGACCUGCCCUCCAAACUUCUCCUACGCGUCACUGUGCGAGUGUCUCCGUCGCGCAUUCAUCUACCGUCAGCCGUCGCCGGUGGAAACCGUCCUAUUCAACAGGAAGCAGGGUCGUCAGGUCGGGCAGGUUGCCAAGCAACAGGUGGCCAGCCUGGACUCUGACAAACCAAUCCUGGGCUUCAGGGCGACCAAUGAGAGACUGUACAUCCUGACCUCUAGUAACCUCUUUGUUCUUAAGGUCAAUAAUAAUUAGAUUUGGGACUUCGGAUGUCAGAUUCUCAUCUCAUUUUACACUAAGAGCGAGAUCAUUCCAAACUUAAACAUCCUUGUGUACAAAUUUGUGAUUCAUCUGUCUGUACUGAAUUCUGUUGUUCAAUCCUCCUCAUGUUUCACCUUUCCCACGUCUUCUGUGCUACAAUAUGUAUGUAUGACCAAGAAAUAAAGAAUCAUGUUCAGAAAGAUGGAUUAUAAUAAUAAAUGUUCAC